CCGUAUCCUCUGAAUUGCCGUCAGUCGCGUACGACUCGUCGCGCCGUCAACGUCGCGGGAGGGGGAUAGUGUGUACAUAUUUGCGCGUGUGCUUAUUCGUGUUCUUCAUGAGUGUUUCGAUCUUCGGCAUUGCGGUCAUUUUCGUUUUUCAUCGUGGAAAAGCAUAAAAGGAAAAUAACAACGUAGUGUCCUUGUACCAUUCGGACAGAAACGACAACCAUGGAUGCUUGGAUGUACGAUGUGGUUUGUAUGAUCCCCGGUGGCGGCACCGAAAAUAUGAUAGGAAAUAAUAGGACCAUGGCGAAUAUUAAACAAGAAAUCGAGAAUCCUACGACGCCGACGCAAAAUUAUCAAGUUUGUUCACCGACCACUACGCUUCAACAUCAAGAGGUGAUCUGCAGUAAAAUAGAGGUGCCGCCCGAUUAUGGCGGGGGCGAAGGUAGUCCUGGCAGCCCGGAAAUGCACCAUUGUUCGUCAACUACGCAGCCUUUGGGAACACCCGAGGAAGGUGUUAAAGAAGAGGAUAUGAUACCUAGAAGGCUCUGCCUAGUGUGCGGGGAUGUUGCCAGUGGAUUUCAUUAUGGAGUCGCGUCCUGCGAGGCAUGUAAAGCGUUCUUUAAGAGAACGAUACAAGCGAGUAAUUUCACAGGUAACAUCGAGUAUACAUGUCCUGCGAACGGGGAGUGUGAAAUAAACAAGCGCAGGAGAAAAGCGUGCCAGGCGUGCAGGUUUCAAAAGUGCCUUAGACAAGGCAUGUUGAAAGAGGGAGUACGAUUGGAUCGUGUCCGAGGAGGGAGACAAAAAUAUAGAAGAUCCACCGAUCCCUACACUACGACUGGGAUCGUCCCUUUCGCAAACGUAGCAACAGGAGCUUCUAACGAAAUAAUAAAUAAUAAAAUGCUGGAAACUCUGGCUGCCUGUGAACCCGACAUGCUGCAAGUGUCCAAUAUCUCUUAUACUCUUGAUACAGAUCAAAGAGUACUUGGACAAUUAUCUGACUUAUAUGAUCGAGAGUUAGUUGGAAUAAUAGGUUGGGCGAAGCAAAUUCCUGGAUUUAGUAGUUUAGCUUUAAACGAUCAGAUGCGACUUUUGCAAAGUACGUGGGCUGAAAUAUUGACGUUUAGUCUGGCGUGGAGAAGCAUGCCAAAUAAUGGUAGAUUAAGGUUUGCCCAAGAUUUUACCCUUGACGAGCGACUUGCACGCGAAUGUCACUGUACAGAGCUGUACACGCAUUGUAUCCAAAUCGUCGAAAGGCUUCAAAGAUUGGGUUUAACCAGAGAGGAAUAUUAUGUGUUGAAAGCAUUGAUAUUAGCAAACAGUGAUGCGAGAUCAGACGAGCCACAAACGUUACAUCGUUUUCGAGAUUCUAUCCUAAAUUCCCUAUCUGAUUGUGUGGCUGCAAUAAGACCAGGACAAGCGCUUCGUGCCACCCAGAACAUGUUCCUAGUGUUACCCAGUCUCAGGCAGGUUGAUGGAAUUGUUAGAAGAUUUUGGUCUAGUGUUUAUCGAACGGGGAAAGUACCAAUGAACAAGCUCUUUGUAGAAAUGUUAGAAGCUGCUUAUUAUCGAUGAAGUAUCAACUCGAACUUGAUUUAACAAUAUCUAUAUUGAGGACUCUAUAGAAUCGCUGUUAUUAAACGGGGUAGCAGCGUUAUACUUAUAACAUGUUGAGCGUGAGUAGAGUACGCAAUUUGUUGCGUCCUUUUAAAGCUAUAAGCGAAAGACAGUGAGUGAUAGUGAGACGUAAAAAGAGACGGAAAUUGUGCAGUUUUAUUCAUUUUCUGUAAGAGAAAGACUCAUACAAAAAGAAAAGGCUUUAUUUUUCAAACGCGAAAGUGUUGGAGCGUGGAGCUUUGGCCAGUGAUUCCAGCAGUCGUCGAAACUUGCGAAACACCUUAAGAUAACAGUCACAUUGUUUCGUCGAGAUAACCAAACUUUCCUUUUCGAGUACCCCUUUUACAGGUACAGAGAAAAAAAAAAGAACGAUGUUAUUUCAAGAUAGGAUACGUAGUACAAGACGCGAGAUGCUUUCUUUCGGAGCUCUCACUUUAGGAUAAUUUACGAAAACCUGUCGCCAGACAGAAGAACCUACCAAAUAAAUAAAACGUUUUCAUUUACGUAUUGAUCGUAUUACGUAAGAUCGUGACACCGAACCGGUGAUAUCGUAGAAAUCAAAUGCAAAUGUACUAACUGUGGGUGUUUGACGUUAUAGAAUUAGCAUCGUGUUACCAAAUACUACCAGUUCAAUCAAAAUUACACGUAGCUCCGAUUCGAAUGUUAUUUUAGUUAUGUCUUUUCUCUGAAAAAUAUCCAGUCAAUUUGAAG